UGUCAGGAACAAUAUGAGGAUGUACUCGAUUCGAAGUCUGCCUACAAUGUUGUACCGAGAAUGUGCCGAGGAGGAUGGGAUUGAGGACAUGACACAGCUUGAAGAGCUGCAUGAAGGUGCUGUGUUAUUGAAUUUGAAGAAAAGGUUUGAGCACAAUUUGAUAUACACUUAUAUUGGAAGUAUCCUAGUGUCUGUUAACCCUUACAAGAUGUUCAACAUCUACGGCACAGACAUGGUUCUGCAACACAAAGGGCAUGCGCUAGGAGAGAAUCCACCACAUCUAUUUGCUAUUGCGAACGCCUCUUACACCAAAAUGAUGGACGCCAAAGAAAACCAGUGCAUUAUUAUUAGUGGCGAGAGUGGCUCUGGUAAAACAGAGACCACAAAGCUGGUUCUCCGCUACUUAGCUGCAAUACAUCACAAACAGAACAUCACACAGCAGAUUCUAGAAGCCACUCCACUUUUAGAGUCAUUUGGAAAUGCCAAAACUGUGCGGAAUGAUAACUCAAGUCGAUUUGGGAAAUACAUGGAAAUAUUCAUGGAAGAAGGGGUAAUCAGUGGUGCCAUAACCUCACAGUAUCUACUUGAAAAGUCCAGGAUUGUGUUUCAGGCCAAAGAUGAAAGAAACUAUCACAUUUUUUAUGAGAUGCUGGCAGGUCUUCCUUCGCAACAAAAGCAGUCUUUUUACCUUCAAGAGGCAGAGACGUACUAUUACCUCAAUCAGGGUGGAGACUGUGAGAUUGCUGGCAAAAGUGAUGGAGAGGACUUCCGCAGGCUCCUCAGUGCCAUGGAAAUACUUCACUUCAGUGCCGAAGACCAGAACAGUAUCUUCAGGGUCCUGUCUUCCAUCCUCCACAUUGGAAAUGUCUUCUUUGAGAGAUAUGAGACUGAAUCUCAGGAAAUGGCAUCAGUUGUGAGUGCUCAGGAGAUCAGAGUGGUGGCUGAACUUCUGCAAAUCUCCCCAGAGGGCCUACAAAAGUCCAUCACUUUCAAAGUGACGGAAACUAUGAGAGAGAAGAUCUACACCCCCCUGACUGUUGAGAAUGCAAUUGAUGCUAGAGAUGCAGUUGCCAAGAUCCUGUAUUCCCUUCUGUUCAACUGGCUAAUAGACAGAAUAAAUAAGCAGGUUUAUCCUCAGAAUGACGCACUGUCUAUCUCCAUCCUUGAUAUCUAUGGAUUUGAGGAUCUUACCUUCAACAGCUUUGAACAGCUUUGCAUAAAUUAUGCAAAUGAGUACCUUCAGUUCUUUUUCAACAGGGUCAUUUUCAAGGAAGAACAAGAUGAGUAUAACAGGGAGCAGAUCAUCUGGGAAGAGGUGCCUUUCUCUGACAACCAGGCGUGCAUUGACCUCAUUGCUGCAAAGCCUCAUGGGAUACUCAAAAUACUUGAUGAUCAGAGCUGCUUUCCACAGGCUACAGACCAUACCUUCCUUCAGAAAUGCCACUAUCACCAUGGCAACAAUCCACUGUAUUUCAAGCCAAAGAUGCCUCUUCCAGAAUUGACCAUUAAGCAUUAUGCUGGGAAGGUUUCCUAUCAGGUUCAUAAAUUUCUGGACAAGAAUUAUGAUCAGGUUCGGCAGGAUGUUCUUGACCUUUUCAUCCAGAGCAAAAACAAGAUGGUUGCACAUCUGUUCAUGAGCUACGGUGAGGUCCUCAACCAGCAGAGGUCUAAUCCUGGGAAAAACAGCACGGUUACACGACGACAUCAAGCUUCAACCGUGGCAGCCAAGUUUCAAAUUUCACUUAUGGAGCUUGUUGAAAAGAUGGAGAGAGCCAACCCAUAUUUUGUGCGAUGCAUAAAGCCAAACCAAAACAAGGAGCCUGCUGUGUUUGACAUGGAGCUGGUGAGCGCCCAGCUUUGCUAUUCUGGGAUUUUGGAAACCAUUCGAAUCAGGAGAGAAGGCUAUCCAAUCAGAAUUCCCUUUGAUGUCUUCCUUUUCAGAUAUAAGUCACUGUUGGGCCUCAAACAGCCUCCUCCUGCCAAUGGUGAAAACUGUGUCAUCAUGUUGAGAAAGCUUUGCCCUUUGAAGCCUGGAGCAUUUCAAGUGGGUGUCACCAAGUUGUUCAUGAAAGAGGAUGCAUAUUUCCUGUUGGAGAGUAAGAGGGACAGAGUCAGGCAUGUAGCUGCGUUGACUCUGCAGCGUUACACAAGGAUGUUCUUCGUGAGAAAACGCUACACGGACUUCCGCAUGAAGAUCAUAUGGUUGCAGGCCCGCUGCAGAGGCUAUCUUGCAAGGAAACAGUAUAUGAAAAUGAGAGCUAGUCUGGUGAAAUUACGCUCUCUGGUCCAUAUGUACGUUGACCGCAAGCGGUACAUUAAGCUGAGAUAUGAGGCCAGGAGGAAGGCAGAAGAGGAGCAGCGGAGAAUAGAAUUGGAGCUGUCAAGACGAGAAGUGGUCAACGUCACUCAUCUUGUCAUCCCAGCUGAACUCGGAGCAUUGCUGCAGGCAGCCGCGGGCGGUAGAGAGCUUCAUUCUGACUGCCUGGCUCUGGUUCAAGCUCCGACUGUUCAGGUUGAGUCCCAGCUCACGCUGCCUCUUGACAUCAACAACAACACCAUCUCUAAACUUGUCCAGAUUUACUUCAAAGAGCCAAAGUUUGGAAUGUUAACUGCACCCUUGAAGGCACCACUAACCCACAUUGAUGAUGAUCUUACACACGAGGCUCUAGACAUGUUUGUCAUGAUCUUGAGAUUUAUGGGUGACCCACAUCUGAAUGGAGCCCAGGAGAAUUUGUUUGGAAACUACAUCAUCCAGAAGGGACUCACCAACCCUGGCUUACGGGGUGAAAUUUUGUGUCAAAUUGCCAAUCAGGUUUGGAGAAACCCCAACCCGGACAAUUCAGAGAGGGGAUGGCUGCUGCUGCUAGCCUGUCUGAGUGCAUUUGCACCAUCCGCUAAAAUGGAGAAAUACCUUUUGAAGUUUGUCUCAGAUCAUGCGUAUAAUGGAUACAAAGCUGUCGGCCAGCACAAGCUAAUACAGGCCAUGCAGAAGUCGCUGUAUGGACCAGAAACAGCCAGGACUUACCCACUAUCCCUGCUGGAAUGGACAGCCAAUAGGAAGAAAGCAAACAUGGUUUUGCAAGUGCACUGUUUUGAUGGUACAUCUUUCUUGUGCCCUGUGCACUCAUGGACGAGCGGAGAGGAGUUGGCUGCAGAUGUUCUACAGCACAGGGGUGUGACGGAGGCUUGGAAGGGCUGCUCUGUUAUCAUGAAGGAACACGGACAGUGGGCGGAGCUUGCAGGGCACGAUUAUGUCAUGGACUUGAUUGCAGACAUGGAGCUGAUGAGAAAUUUUCCAAAGCAGAAGUCUUACUUCAUCAUCUCAGCUGAGAGCCCCAACAGGACCAGGCCCAAUGCUGGACUGGCUCUGUUUGGAAGUGGAUUCGAUUCAGAUGAUGACAGCUCAUUUCUGCUCCCGCAGCCGAUGCCGAACUCCAGCCUCCCAGAUUCAGAUGGAUAUUACAGCCACGAAUCAGACUUCAGUGAGGCUCCAAAUCAGAAAGGCAUGGAUAGAUAUCUUGACAGCCUGUUUGAUCCAGUGCUAUCUGAUGUUAAUGAGGAUAUGGAGAAGUCAUCCAGCAUGUCCAGCCGUAUGAAGGGAGCUGGUGGGAUUGGAGGGGAGGAUGAUGACCGGGAGAAGCACCUCACCAACAGACCUUAUCCCCCAGGACUGCAGCCUGGUGCGGUGCCAGUUCUACCUGUUAUGGGAGGAACAAUGAUGCCACCUAUACCUAUGCCAGCUUUGUCCUCUGUGCCACGUGCACCUGCCCCCACUUCCGUGCCUUCGGUUCCCCCAAUGCCUUCAAUGCCAGCUAUGCCAGCUUUCCCUGCUAUGCCGCCUUUGCCAGCUUAUCCUAAUGUGCCACCGAUGCAUGAUAUGUCAGGCGUAGAUCCAGCUGUCUUAGCACAGCAGCAGCAAGCCAUCAUCAACCAGCAAGCCAUCAUACUGGCUCAGCAGAUGACAAUGCAAGCCAUGGCCCUCCAGCAGCAGAUGUAUAAUUCAGUGCACCACACACCCAGUGAGCCCAUGCCAGCUCCACGUUCUAGCCAAUCUAGUCCAACUAAGCAAGAAACCGGAUAUUCUUCAUACAAACCAGCCUCCCCGUCACAGAAAUCUUCACCGCGGCAGCACAGCCCGACUAGGAGGGAAGCACCAACAGCAGUGGUGAGAUCCACCGUCUCAAACUCAGAACAUUUAGAACCGAGUCAUAACAUCAAAGACAUCAUCAAACAGUAUCAGGCCAACCCUGUAAAACCAGUAGAGCCUCCAAAAAGGGAAGCUAAAGUGUUUCUGAAGAAACCUGACCCUCAUGAUGAGGCGAUGAUGAUCCUUAAGGACCAGAUGAGUGCUCCACCUGCACAGAGAAAGAAGGUCUACGCUCCAGUCUCUUCCUCAUCAUCUGCAAAAGAGUUUGACUAUGAUGGUGGACCACUGAAACCAGCAAAGAGCAUCAAGACAAAGAGAUCGCCUCCUGUACCAGCUGUCAGUCAGAGAUUCCCGGCCCCUGCUCCUGUAUCCAGAGAGCUGCCGGUUGAAGAGGAGAAUAUUCAGACUCAGCUGCACAAGAGGAGCAGUGAGGAACACUACACUUACACCAAUGUGCCCUGGAAAAUCUACCUCAGGAAAGAGGUUUUUUAUCCGAAAGACAGCUUCAAUCACCCACUGGUUCUGGACCUCUUGUUUAAGCAGAUUGUUCAUGACACAUUCUCUGAGGCUUGCAUUCGCAUCACAACAGAAGAGAGGCAGACUAUGAAAUCCCUCUUUGCUGAACACAACAUCGACAUCAAUGCCACUAUCCAAGACGAGAAUGUAAAGAAGAAGACUGUGGUUGCUGCAAGAGACACCUGGGAGAUCUACUUCUCACGCCUCUUCCCAGCAUCUGGCAGUGUUGGCACAGGCGUCCAAGUGCUGUCUGUGUCUCACAGGGGGAUCAAGCUUUUAAAAAUGGUCAGGAGCAGUGCAGUAGCCCCAGAUUACUUCAGAGUUCUUCGACCUUAUAGCUACACGGAUAUCUUGUUCGUCACCAUUCCCUCCAAGAACAUGCUGGAGUUCAACCUCACCAACGAGAAACUGAUUCUUUUUUCCGCCAAAGCUCCUCAGGUCAAAACCAUGAUCGACUACUUCAUCACGGAGCUGAAAAAGGACUCAGACUAUGUAGUUGCUGUGCGUAAUUACAUUACAGAUGACAGAACCCUGCUGAGUUUUCACAAGGGAGACAUCAUACGGCUGCAGAAAAUGGAAGGGCUGGAUGCAGGCUGGAAGUUCGGGGCCAUUCAUGGGAGAUCUGGGGUCUUUCCUGUGGAGUUUGUACAGCCUGUGGCUGCUCCUGACUUCAUUAACAUUCCUGUGGACAAGAAAGAAGAACCCAAGAACAAGCAGGGUCGUGUGGCCGCCUCGGCUGCCAUUGCUGUGGCUGUGGGAUCUGCUGCUGCUGCUCAUGAACUGGACCGCUUCAUUGAGGUGGCGUCUCCUGUCAGUGAGUAUGCAGAAUCUUACACAGAAGGUCCUGAAUUGGACAUUGAUGAAAGAAUCUUACAGGACAGCCAGUACAGCAUGGUGGAGUUUGCCAAGAAAUAUUUCAGAGGGGCCCAGAGAAUAAAUGGUGAUUCAUACAAGAAAAAGUCAAAGAAAGGAAAGGAAUCCAGGGACCCAGCAGAAAUGGUGAAAUUUUCCAAGUCUCCUAUUCAAGAAUCCCUGAUCGAGUUCACAGAUGCAUACUUGAACAAAGUAGCUUCUGAGAUCUUUAUUGCUAUAAUGAAGUUUAUGGGGGACUACCCGAUGAAAGGCCAGUCGGAGCAAGAUGUUGUCGCUACAAUCCUAAGGUUGAGUGGUGAGUUUGGGCUAAUGAGAGACGAAGCUUACUGCCAAAUCCUCAAGCAGAUUACUGGGAACACCAGCUCCAAAACGGAGAGUUGUCAGAAGGGUUGGAGGUUGCUGUACAUCUUCACGACAUACUACAAAUGUUCAGAAGUGCUCAAACCAUACCUGCUUAAAUACCUUCAAGAUGUCUGUGCAAGCCAAGGGGUUCACUAUCAAGGUAUUGCUAAGGCUUGUGAGCAGAAUCUAAGGAAGACUUUCCAGUAUGGGGGACGUGUCGCGUACCCUAAUGGCAUGGAGCUAAAAGCUAUACUGGCUGGAAGGAGCUCCAAGCGCCAGCUGUUUCUUCUUCCUGGUGGAAUUGAACGACAUCUGAAAAUUAAAACGUGCUCAGUGGCUUUGGAUGCUAUUGAAGAACUGUGCUAUGAGAUGAGUCUGCAUAAACUCGAGGCCUUGGACGAGUAUGCUAUAUUUGUGGUCACAAACAGAGGUCAAAAUGUCCGGCCACUAAACAAAAGGGAGUACAUUUUAGAUAUUGCUAUAGAGUCGGAAAAUGUUGAUAGCAACUAUGGUCUGUGGUUUCGAAGAGUGAUCUGGACACAACCACUGAAGUUUGACAAUGAGCUUGGAGUGACUGUGCAUUACAAUCAGGUUUGCCCUGACUAUGUAAAAGGUCUUCUCAAUGUUAUUCCACACGGUAAAGCCAGUGAGCAGCAGCUUCAACAAGCUUCAAAACUGGCAGCUCUGCAUCAUCGUGCCAAGGACUCAAUCUACCUCCCCACACUCCACGAGGUUCAGGAAUAUAUUCCCUCUCAGCUCUAUGGGCUUCUGAGGGCCCAGCAGUGGCUGAACAUGGUGACCCAGCAUAUGCAGCAGGUGCAGCCCCUCAGUCCUCAUCAGGCCAGAGCUCAAUUUCUGGGGCUUGUCAGUGCUUUCCCAAUGUUUGGCUCAUCAUUCUUUUACAUACAGAGCAGCAGCAACAGCACUAUCGACACGCCGUGCAUACUGGCUGUCAAUCAAAACGGCCUGAACUUUCUAAGCAAAACCACUCAUGAGCCAAUGGUGAAGUUCCCACUGAAGGAGGUGCAGUCCACCCGUACACAGAGACCCACAGCUGGCUCCAGUUACCCAUAUGUGGAGAUAAUGCUGGGUGACCUAAUGUCUCAACGCAUUACACAGUUACAGCUGGACCAGAGUCUUGAGCUGUGCCGUGUCAUCGCCAUGCAUAUGGAGAACCUGCUUUCAGUACGGGAAAAGAGGCUUACCCUGCCUCCCAGUGAAAUUACUCUGCUCUAGUUUCCUUCUUACAGAUGUUAUUUAUUACUGAUUUUAUGGCAAUAAUUGUAAUUGGACACAAUUAAACCCUUCACAUCAAAACACACCUGUCAUUUUUAAUAUUCCACAUAUGUCUGUUUGGCAUUUCAAAGGCAAAUUCCAGGAUUAGCUUUUAAUUUACAUGCAUUUUAUUGGGUUCAACAUGGCGCCAUAAUUUAAAACCUCUAGUUUUACAUGUCCAGCAAAAGUUUAUUUUUAUAAAAGUGAGUUUUUUUUCAGCCACUGGUUUUGAAUUUCUUUACUUAUGCUGAAAUUUUGAUAUGCACUACAUGAGAGUAUAAUGCGUUAUUUAAUGUUAAAAUAUUGUAUACAUUUGUGUCAUUAUGAAAUCGUGUAUAUGCAAUGA